GCCAGGCACCAGCUGGGCUGUCCGGCUCGGCCCAGCCUCUCGGCUGGCGCCUCGGCCCCCGCGGGUGGGGACAGGGAUCCUCCCCCCGGCCACUUUGCACCAGUCCGAGGGAAUGUGCGGUCGGUGACGCGCAUCCUUAAGCGAGCCACCUGCAGCGCGGGGCGCGCCGCUCCGGGCGGCAUCGCGGGGCUGGGCCGGCGCGGCCUGGGGGACCCCGGGCUCUGGAGGCCAUGCCGGCGUCGGCGCGCCCUGGCAGCCGGCUGCAACUGCUCGUUAUUUUUACAGCCAUGAUAUUUGAGACUACAGCAAAACAAGAUCUGCCUGUGAUGAAAUGUGUUUUAAUCCAUCAUAAGAACAACAAUUCAUCAGUGGGGAUAUCUUCGCACUCUAUGGCAUCAGGGUCCGGGGCAGACCUGGGAUGUGCCCUGCGGCCAGAGAGUGGGCCAGGGGUCUAUGGAGCAGCCCCCGUGGAGGUGGACGUGGCAGCGGCCAUCACGCUGCAGGUGCUGCUCAGGGACCCAGGGAAUUUCUCCUGUCACUGGGCCUUCAAGAAUGUCUCCCUCAGCUGCCGACCACGUUUUGAUUUACAAAACAGAGGAGUCAUUUCUAUGGUCAUUUUGAAAAUGACAGAAACGUGGGCUGGAGAAUACCGACUUUUUAUUGAGAGUCCAGCAGCCAAUUACACAGUAUCGUUUCCAGUGAGUAUAAGAAAUACACUGCUCCACACAUUAAGGAGACCGUACUUUAGAAGAUUGGAGAAUCAGGAUGCCCUGAUCUGCAUCUCUGAGAGUGUUCCAGAACCGACGGUGGAAUGGGUGUUCUGCAGUUCACAGAGUGAAAGCUGUAAAGGAGGAAGUCCGACUGUGGCUACUAAGGAGAAAAGUGUCCUACGUGAAUUGUUUGGAACAGACAUAAGGUGCUGUGCCAGAAAUGAGCUGGGCAGGGAAUGUACCAAGCUUUUCACAAUAGAUCUAAAUCAAACUCCUCAGACCACACUGCCACAAAUAUUUCUUAAGGUCGGGGAGCCCUUAUGGAUCAGGUGUAAAGCUGUUCAUGUGAACCACAACUUUGGGCUCACCUGGGAACUAGAGAACAAGGCGCUGGGGGAGGGCAGCUACUUUGAGAUGAGUACCUAUUCUACAAACAGAUCUAUGAUUCGGAUCCUAUUUGCUUUUGUAUCAUCAGUGAGAAGAAAUGACACAGGAUAUUACACUUGUUCUUCUUCACAGCAUCCCAGUAAAUCAGCUUUGGUUACCAUCCUAGAGAAAGGAUUUAUAAAUGUUUCCAAAUCAAAUGAAGAUUAUGAAAUUGGCCAGAAUGAAGAGUUUUGUUUUUCUGUCAGGUUUAAAGCGUACCCACAAAUCAGAUGUACAUGGACCUUCUCUCUCAAAUCCUUUCCUUGUGAACAAAAUGGCCUUGAUGAUGGGUACAGCAUAUCUAAAUUUUGCAACCAUAACCACCAGCCUGGAGAAUAUAUAUUUCAUGCCGAAAAUGAUGAUGCCCAGUUCACAAAAAUGUUCACACUGUAUAUAAAAAGGAAACCUCAAAUACAAACUGAAGAAUCCGCAAGUCAGGUGUCUUGCUUCUCCGACGGCUACCCAUUACCAUCUUGGACCUGGCGGAAGUGCUCAGACAAAUCUCCCAACUGCACUGAAGAAAUCCCAGAAGGUGUUUGGAAUAAAAAGGAGAACAGAAAAAUGUUUGGGAAAUGGGUCUCCAACAGUACCCUCAACUUGAGUGAGGCGGUGAAGGGAUUCCGGGUGAAGUGCUGUGCAUACAAUUCCCUGGGCAUAGCAUGUGAAAACAUUACUUUAAGCUCAUCAGGUCCCUUCCCUUUCAUCCAAGACAACAUCUCAUUCUACGCAACGAUUGGGGUCUGUCUUCCCUUCAUUGUCGUUCUGAUCAUGCUAAUUUGUCACAAGUACAAAAAGCAAUUUAGGUAUGAAAGUCAGCUGCAGAUGGUCCAGGUAACUGGCUCUUUGGAUAACGAAUACUUCUACAUAGAUUUCCGAGAAUAUGAAUAUGAUCUCAAAUGGGAGUUUCCCAGAGAAAAUUUAGAAUUUGGGAAGGUGCUAGGAUCAGGUGCUUUCGGGAAAGUGAUGAAUGCAACAGCUUACGGAAUUAGUAAAACAGGAGUCUCCAUCCAGGUGGCUGUCAAAAUGCUAAAAGAAAAAGCAGACAAUUCUGAAAAAGAGGCUCUUAUGUCUGAACUGAAAAUGAUGACUCAUUUGGGAAGCCAUGAGAAUAUUGUGAAUCUUCUAGGGGCAUGCACCCUGUCAGGACCUGUUUACUUGAUUUUUGAAUAUUGUUGUUAUGGUGAUCUUCUCAACUAUCUAAGAAGCAAAAGAGAAAAAUUUCACAGGACAUGGACAGAGAUUUUCAAGGAACACAAUUUUAGUUUUUAUCCUACUUUCCAGUCACAUCCAAAUUCCAGUAUGCCUGGUUCAAGAGAAGUUCGAAUACACCAGGACUUGGAUCAUAUCUCAGGGUUCAACGGAAAUUCAUUUCAAUCUGAAGAUGAAAUUGAAUAUGAAAACCAAAAAAGGCUGGAGGAAGAAGAGGACUUGAAUGUGCUGACAUUUGAAGAUCUUCUUUGCUUUGCCUAUCAAGUUGCCAAAGGAAUGGAAUUUUUGGAAUUUAAGUCGUGUGUGCACCGGGACCUGGCGGCCAGGAAUGUCCUCGUGACCCACGGCAAAGUGGCCAAGAUCUGUGAUUUUGGCUUGGCUCGAGAUAUUAUGAGCGAUUCCAACUACGUCAUCAGGGGAAAUGCCCGCCUGCCUGUGAAAUGGAUGGCUCCUGAAAGCUUAUUUGAAGGGGUCUACACGAUUAAGAGUGAUGUCUGGUCAUAUGGAAUAUUACUCUGGGAAAUAUUCUCACUUGGUGUCAAUCCCUACCCUGGUAUUCCAGUUGAUGCAAACUUCUAUAAGCUUAUUCAGAGUGGAUUUAAGAUGGAUCAGCCCUUUUAUGCUACGGAAGAAAUAUACUUUGUGAUGCAAUCCUGCUGGGCUUUUGACUCAAGAAAGCGACCUUCCUUCCCUCAUCUAACUUCAUUUUUAGGAUGUCAGUUGGCAGAUGCAGAAGAAGCGAUGUACGAGAGCAUGGACGGGCAUAUUUCGGAGCGUUCCUCUGUCUACCAAAACAGGAGGCCGUUCAGCAGAGAGGUGAACUCAGGACUACCCUCUCCCCAGGCCCACACUGAAGAUUCAUAGAGAAACAACAUAGUCUUAAGGGCUUCAUCUUCUUUGUCCACCCUCCCCAGAGCCCCUAAACCAGCUGUAGAUUACCAAAACAAGAUUGAUUUCAUCAAAGAAAUAUAUAUAUGUGUGUAUACAUAUACAUAUAUAUAUUCUCAACUGCUGCUUUGCUGGACUCUUCUCUAGAAGCUCUCCAUAUUUACUCUUGUUUUCAAAGGAAUUUUUGUAAAAAUCAAAUCAUCCUUUGCAUAAAGCAGGAAGAGUUGAUAAUGAACUUUCCCUGGAGCACCUGCCAACUCCAAAGGCUUUCUCAGGCAGGCUUGAGUGGGAAUUAUGUCUGAACGUCUCGUAUAUUCUUGUAAAUAUGUGAGAAACAAAAGCAUUUUGCUAAGGAGAAGCUAAUAUGAUUUUUUUAAAUCUAUGUUUUAAAAUAAUUGUACCUUUUUCAGCUAUUUAGUGAUAUAUUUUAUGAAUGGAAAUAAAAUUUCUACUAUAGAA